AUGACUGUAUACUAUGCAGAUCCACCUUAUAAUCAAGGUUUACCAAUUCAGAAAGAUUCUGAUGGUAACCACUUUAUCCAGUUAUCGCCAAUCGUUCGCCUCGAGCCGGAUGGGUAUCAAUUUACCCCUAAUAGCACAAGGAAAGCUUUACUUCAAGUCCCCGUUCCAUAUAUCAACCAGAUAGCUUCACUUGAGAAAAACGACAACUUUAAUAUCCCAAUAAAGAUCAUUUGUCGAAGCUACGGAUGUGAGAAGUGGGAACAGCAAGAUGUAGAGUAUGAAUGUAGCCGCGAUAAAAAUGGAUAUUAUUGCCUUACUUUUGCAGUAAGCCAUUUCUCUGACUAUGUCGUCUAUUCCUACGUCAAAUCUACCAUUUAUUCAAUCCUCAAGUAUAUCUUUCCAUCUUGGCAGCAACGAAUUAAAACGUUAGCUUUCCUAUCCGAAAUAGACACAAGUAAUGAUACCGUCCAUAUGAAAUUAAUCUUAUCUAAAAAAGAUGAAGAUGAAACUGCUAUCGUGCCAGUAUUCGAUCAGACAUUUAUUAGGAUACGUUUAGCUACGACUGGACUUGAAAAUACUAUUCUAGAUAAUGGUGAUUACGAAGCUAAAUUUAAGAAACGAGGUUUAGAUUAUCCUGAAGGUUAUUUAAAGCCAAAGAAAGUUACUAUCAAUUGGAAUGAGUCUAGCUAUCAUGCUAUCCAUUACUUUUGCAAGGUUAUCGAUAAAGCAGCUAUUGAUAUAGCUCAAAUCUUUCUACAGCCUCAAGACCAGAAGCAAGACACCAAUGAAAAGGCUUGCUACUUGAGGAGAGUAAAUUCCAACGAGCCCAACCCAUCAAAGCGGUCUGAUUCAGAAAAGCUGCCUGUUCUACCCACUAAAGAUGAUUCAGUAUUAUCAGAUGAAAUGGAUACAGAGUUCUUCGAUAUAAUAGCAGAGAAACUCCAUAUAAACGAUUUAUUACGUUUGGGGAACUUGUUGCAUUUGUCAGAGAAAGAAGUUGACGAAAUUAAAUUAAGAGAACAUGGCGGCUACGAUAAAGUGUACAAAGUUCUAAAAUUGUGGAAAAAUAAUGCUGGGCAAAAAGCUGAUAUUUCUGUCGUGGUUGCAGCUUUACGUAAGAUGAAAAAGAAUUCUAUAGCGGACCAACUUGAAGAAAAAAUAGCCGAAUGGAAGAGAAGCAUAUGA